AUGAACCCUGAUGAUAGUCUAUAUGAUGCCUUUGUUGGUGUAGUAUCUAUAUGGGAUGCAACAUCAGUAUUGGAUUGGAUUAUAUUCCUUGAUGUUCUAUUGGAUAUUAUAUUAUUCGGUUGUGCUAUGUUUGUGGUUAAAUGGCCUAAGAAACCAGUAUUUGCUGAGCAUAUGCAAGAGGAGCUUAAGGCUAGUAUACCUAAGGCAAUACAAGAAGAAGAAGAAGAAGAAGAAGAGAAGGUGCAUUUACAGUUGGAUGAGGAUGAUGAUGAUGAGGAGGAUGAUGAUGAUAUGACACCGAGGUCGAUGUUAACUGCUCCUAGUGAUGAAUCUGAGACUGUUGACUUUGUAUUAAGUCAAGGUAUGACAAGGGAAGUAUGCCUAAUGAUAGCAUGUCAUCAAUCUACUAUGACUGAGGAACGGUAUGAGACCUUUACUGCUACAUUAAGGGCAGCAUUAAUGGUAUUCCCACCUAGUCAUAUAUUUGUAUGUGAUAAUGGUGUAUCACCAAUACCUGUAGAUGAUAAUCAAUGGGCUACUCAACAGGUACAUCCUGAUAUUAACUAUUUAUAUGUACCUGAGGGUAAUAAGACAUUUGCCUUUUAUUGGUGUAAUAAAUAUUGGAUACCUUAUCUUGUCCAAAAUGGUAGAGUAACCGACUUCAAAUAUGCUGUUAUUAUUGAUGAUGAUGUACCUCUACCACCAGAUCUACAUAUACCACAUCAACUAUUGGAUCAGAACCCCAAUAUUAAGGCUGUACAUUUUCCUAUUACUGCUACUACACCUGAUGGUAAACCUAAUCUAUUGGUACAAUGCCAGGAUAUUGAGUAUAAGAUUGCUGGUCUCCAUAAACUAUUCCAGGCUACUCUUGCUCGUUCAUUAAGUUGUCAUGGUGCUGUAGCCUUAUGGGAUAGGGAAACACUUGAUGAGAUAUUCUAUGAGCAUGAUACUGUAUUUAAUGAGAUGAUACAAAUAACACAAAAACUAUACCAAGGUCCUGCAUGCAAGUUAGCUUUACAAUAUAGUCUAGAUCUAAGUAAUUACAUCAAGAGUGAGGGACUUGAUCUACCACCUGGAACUCCUCCUACGGAAUCAUUGGGUUAUGUAUUCCUAAGGAGUCAACAAGUUUAUUAUCAGAUGAAUUGUUAUGAGAUACAACAGGCAUCCCAUUGUACUUACUAUUUCACAGUAACACCUAGUAAUAUAUUGGCUAUACGAGGACUUAUACUAGCAGUGGCUUUCAUUACGAUAUUCUGGUUUAUUGGAGAACUGGUAUUACGAAGUGUUGAGAAGGGUUUGAAGAAAGAGGAGGAGGAAGGCAUGACAAGAAUGGCUGCUGAGCUACCAUCUAAGAGGAGAUAUCUUAGGGAUCAAAUAUCACAACGAUGGGCAGAAGAAGCUGAUAUUAACUAUGCAUUAUCAGCAGGAGCACCAUCAUCAAUGUCAACUAGAUCUAACUUCAGUCCUAAUGAUAAUAGUAGGAGAAGAUCAGCAGCAGGAGGAGGAUCGAUAUCGGGAUAUACGAAUAAAUAUAAUGGCAAAUCACAACUUUACUCGAGAGAUCCACGUAAGAGAUUUGAAUCAAAUGCUUGGAGAAGGCGUCUACAUCAAUGGAAGAAUCUAGGAAAUGAUAGGAUGAAGAAAUAUGUUGCCCGCCAGAGAAUACGUACGCUACUCUUAACAUUGUUCUACAUCUUAUUAAUAAUAUGCUCACAGUUUUUGGUAAUCUUUUUUUCACCACAUAAUGCACAGCCCUUAGAAUCGAUUACGUCGGCCUUCCUUGGUGUGAUAUCUAUAUGGAAUGCUACUAGUUGGUUAGAUUGGAUAAUAUUCGUAGAUGUGUUAUUGGAUGUACUACUCUUUAUAGCAGCAGCAAUAGCUGUUAAAUGGCCAACACAGGGUGUCUUUGCUCAUAGAUUACAGGCUGAACUACGUGAUAAUGAGAUUAAAGGGGAUGACGAGGAUGAGGAGGAGGAUGAGGAGGAUGUAUUAAGUCAAGGUAUGACCAGGGAUGUAUGCCUUAUGAUAGCAUGUCAUAAUUCUGCUAUGACUGUUGAAAGAUUCGAGAACCACGUAAAUAUGUUACGAGCUGCCUUAUGCUUAUUCCCACCCUCUCAUAUCUUCGUAUGUGAUAAUAGUUCAUCUAUGCAACCACCUGAUGAGAAUAUGUGGGCAUGUGAACAAAACCCCAAUAUUAAGGCUGUUCAUUUCCCUAUUGGUGCUACUACUGCUAAUGCAGAAUCCAAUGUGUUGGUUGGAUGCCAAGAUUGUGAAUAUAGAUUAGCUGCAGUACAUAAACAAUUCCAGGCAACUCUAGCUAGUGCCAUAAGCUGUCAUGGUGCUGUAGCACUAUGGGAUAGGGAAACACUUGAUGAGGUAUUGUAUGAUCAUGAUACGGUAUUCCAUGGUGAGGAUUUACAGAUGGGUAUGAAUCUACUUAAGAAGAGGGAUGAUUCAAGGAUAAUAUCAGCAGCCCAGACUCUAGUACCAACCUUUGCACCUGAUACAUGGGCUAAACUAUUCAGACAACGUGUGAAGUCUUGGGAUGUUACAGCGCAUCGUAAGACAUUCAUGUAUUUAAUAGAGAUCAUUAAUCCAGCUGGAUGGUGUCACUUACCAAGUUGGGUUUUAAAACCAUACUUUGUUCAAGAAUUACUAACCAUAUGUCUGGAUUGGUUAAGGAUUUUCCUAUUAUUUGGUCUAUUGUGUCGUGAUUAUCUUGCCUUCUUUAUUAUGUUGGCUAUAUUGAUAAUGCUAGUGUAUCUCAUGAUAUUCGCUCUCAAUUACAUAGUCUUGAGGCAAAGAAGAGAUCUACGACUAUCACCAUGCGUUAUGUUUAUAUUCCCUUGGUAUCGGUUUAACUCGUUGUUAUACCGUAUAGGUGCCUUAUGUCAGAAUGUAUUGGUAUAUUCGCAUACGAGAGUUGGUAUCAAAUUGAGUGUACGUGAAGAUGAGAUUAGAGAUAUACCACCAUGUCCACCAUCACCAGAUGUUGAUUGGUUUACGGUAUGGACUAUGGAUACAAUACCACCACUUCCUACUACCACCAACAACAAUAAGGCUAAUCAUAACAACAACAAUAACCAUGCUUUGACCCCCUCGUAUUAUCGUAGACCAUCACCAUCAUAACGUCGUACUCACAAUUACAUCAUCACGAUAAGCCUACUACUGCUACUUCUACCAUUGUUCUUAUUGCUGUUUACUUAUAUCAUCCUACACUUAUUUUGAUAUGUAUCACACACCGAUACGUUAUUAUAAAGAACAUCCCUAAAUGUAGUAAUUGUAAGAGGGAUGAACAGGGUAUCCUACUACUACUACUACUACCACAGCUUUCGCUGAUACUACUACUACUACUUCCACAGCUUAAGCUGGUACUACUACUAACCACAAUAUUACUAUCUUUAAUCAUGCUGCUGCUACUACCGCUCCUCCUGCUUACGCUCUUUUACAUUAUCACCUCACUUUUUUUGACUUAUCGAUU